AAAGAAUAAAGUCUCGCUCUCGCCUUCUUUAGAGAGAGAGAGAUUGUAGAGAGUAGAGAGUAGAGAGAGAGAGAGAGAGAGAAUUAAGAGCGGGCGAAGAAGGGAAGUGAGGAGGAAGAAGAAGAAUAAUCUGUGGGUUCUGAGCUGUGAUUUAGCUGUUUAUUUCAUCAUUUUCCAAAAUCUCUCUCACCUCUCUCUUGUAAAAUCCCUGAUUUAGCUGUGUAUUUCAUCAAAUCUUCCAUCUGAGAAGACAAAAGGAAGAGAACAUCAAAUGUUCUGUAGUGUGAGAUGAAGAAGAAGAGCCAUCUCUAUCUGCAUCUGCAUUUGUGUUCCUCAAUCUUGUUCUUCCUUUUGUGUGCUUCUUCUUCUUCUUCUUCUUCUUCUUCUUCCUCUUUAGCUGAGCAAGAUUCGUUUAUUUCUAGCAAUGGCGGCCUCACAGACGCCGAAACCAUGUAUAUCAGGCAGAGGCAGCUCUUGUAUUACAGGGAUGAGUUCGGUGACAGAGGAGAAAAUGUCACCGUCGAUCCUUCUCUCGUCUUCGAGAAUCCAAGAAUCAAGAACGCCUACAUUGCCUUGCAAGCUUGGAAGGAAGCUAUCCUCUCCGAUCCACUCAAUCUGACUGGUAACUGGGUCGGAUCUGAUGUUUGCAACUAUACUGGCAUUUUCUGUACUCAAGCGCUCGAUAAUCCAAAGAUCCGAACCGUCGCUGGCAUUGAUCUCAACCACGGCGACAUUGCCGGUUAUCUUCCGGAGGAGCUAGGGUUGCUUACGGAUCUUGCAUUGUUUCAUAUUAACUCCAAUCGCUUCUGCGGUACUGUGCCCCACAAGUUCAUCCAUCUCAAGCUUCUGUACGAGCUGGAUCUGAGUAACAAUCGGUUUGCCGGUAAGUUUCCUCAGGUAGUUCUUCGAUUGCCGAUGCUCAAGUAUCUCGAUCUGAGAUUCAAUGAGUUCGAAGGCGGGGUACCUAAGGAGCUCUUCGAUAAAGAUCUUGACGCCAUUUUUAUCAAUGACAAUCGCUUCCAUUUCAAUCUGCCGGAUAAUUUUGGUAACUCUCCAGUUUCUGUGAUUGUUCUUGCCAACAAUAACUUCCAUGGCUGUCUUCCGGCCAGCUUGGGAAAUAUGACCAACUUGAAUGAGAUUAUAAUGCUGAAUAAUGGGUUACAAUCGUGUUUGCCAUCGGAGAUCGGGUUUUUGACGAAUUUGACAGUGUUUGAUGUGAGCUUCAAUAAGCUACUGGGGCCGUUGCCUGAUACCAUUGGGAAGAUGGUGAGUUUGGAGCAGCUGGAUGUGGCACACAACAUGCUAUCGGGAACGAUUCCUUCGAGUAUCUGUUCGCUACCCAAUUUGCAGAACUUCACGUACUCCUACAACUUCUUCACGGGUGAGUCUCCAUCGUGUUUGAGACUUCCUAACUUCGACGAUCGGAAGAAUUGCCUGCCGGGGCGGCCGGACCAGAGGUCGGCCGCGCAAUGUAAGUUUUUCUCGUCUCGUCCGGUGCGUUGUAGUGCUUUCAGAUGUGCUCCUUUUGUUCCUUCUCUGCCAACACCGCCUCCACCUUCACCUCCCAUCCCUGUGCUAUCGCCACCGCCGGUUUUCUCCCCUCCGCCAGUUUUCACGCCUCCAUCGCCUUCGCCACCACCGCCCCCUGUUCUCUCUCCUCCUCCCCCACCACCUGUUAGCUCGCCACCCCCUCCACCAACGCCGGUAUUCUCACCACCAGCACCAAUCUUCUCUCCCCCUCCACCACCAUCGCCGCCACCACCUGUAAAUUCUCCACCUCCACCUCCGCCUCCGCCUCCUCCUCCGCCUCCGCCUAGAUACCUGCGCUCUCCGAUAGAUACCGCCUCGCCUCCACCUCCUCCUCCUCCUCCACCUCCACCAUCCCCUCCACCUCCGUCUCCAUCACCUCCUCCACCAUCCCUUCCACCGCCAUCCCCAUCACUACCUCCCCCAUCUCCGCCACCAUCACUUUCACCACCUCCUUCGCUACCAUCUCCACCUUACUGUGUUCGAUCACCACCUCCACCACCGCCACCUCCAGUUUACUGUGUUCGAUCUCCACCACCGCCGUGUCCUCGGUCUCCACCGCCGCGCUGUGUUCGGUCUCCGCCUCCGCCACCUCCCCAUUCACCACCUCCUCCUUCACCAACUCCGCCCCAUUCCCCGCCAACUCCACAUUCACCACCUCUUCCGCCACAUUCUCCCCCUCCACCCCCUUCACCACCACCUCCACCGCCACAUUCGCCACCCCCUCCUUCACCACCUCCUCCGCAUUCACCACCGCCACCUCCAAGUUCCCCGCCGCCUCCGCCACCUUCGCCACCUCCUCCACCUUCACCACCACCUCCACAUUCGCCACCGCCUCCGCCACAGUCACCCCCGCCACCUCCUCCACAUUACUAUUCUCCACCUCCGCCACUUAAUUCACCUCCACCACCACCUCCACAUUACUUUUCCCCACCUCCACCUCCUAAUUCACCUCCACCACCACCUCCCCUUUACUAUUCCCCACCUCCACCACCUAAUUCUCCUCCACCACCACCCCCAUGCAUAGAACCACCGCCACCACCUGCAUGCAUAGAACCACCACCACCACCCCCUUGCAUAGAACCGCCACCACCACCGUGUGAAGAGUAUGAACCACCGGCACCCUCGCCGGCUCCAAUUCAGUACUUACCACCUCAAUCUUCUUCAGCAUCACCACCUGUUUAUGAAAUCUCGCCAUCUCCGGCGCCAGUUUAUGAGGGCCCGAUGCCGUCAACUGUUGGAAUUUGAUACUCAUCUCCUCCACCACCUCCCUUCUAUUGAUUCUUUUUGAGAAUUUUCUUACAUUCCCUCCAAAGAAAGAAAGAGAAGCAAUGUUUCAGUCAUCUUGACUGUCAUUAGUUUCUUCUUCUCUUUCCACAAUUGCCAUUGCUGUUUGGGCAAACCUCGCAGCCUGAGAAAGAAUGAAGAACAGAACUCCUGCAAUCAUCUAAUGGGUUCCGGCCGUAUGUGCUAUGCAUUGGAGGAAUUGCAUUUUUGGGGGAAGAAGAAAUUGGGAUGUAGAAAGAGGAGAUAGACAAAGGGGACAGAAGAGAAAGUCUCUCCGUAUUUAUUUGAAUUGUUAUGGACAUCUGAAUUGUGAAUAAAUUGGUAGGGAGGGAUUUAGGUGUCAGGGAAAUGUAUGUAUAGGUUUGAGAGAUUCAUGCAAAAAUUGAUAAGCAGGUCUAUGAGGCAGUAGCACUUCUGUUCCUAUGCUGCUGCUUUGUGGGUUUUUCAUUAUUGUCCCUUUUUUUUUCCUCCAUUUCUCUUCCGAUUUUCCAUUUUAUGGUAUAAUGAACAUUAUCAGUUACUGAUAUUCAUUGCA